CAAAAAAUGUGUUGUGGAGUUUACGCCAUAUUUCGUUGGUGCCCCAUGGUUUAUGCUGCAGCGAUAUAAAUGAUCAACGUCUUCAAACGGGAUUGUUUUUUAAUUGAACUACAGUUUGGAGACUGCGGAAAAGAAGUUCUGUUUUUGUGUGAUCAUACCUACCUGCACGUGUAUGCCUUGCUCGCAUUACAAUGGUUGCGUCCUGUAUUGACGUUUGCAUGGGUCCAUCAUCGCUGUGGUGCUGAAAAGAAACGAACCCUUGCGGCCGUAGCGAGUGUAUGCUGCUGCGAACGAUGAGGAGAUUUCUGUGGAUCUGCAGCGGUUGAAUUGCACCACCUCGCCCACUUAUUGCUGUGUUCUUGAUUUUAUCCCUCAAAACCUGGACUCAACCGGAGCAGUUUAUGAAGACCCAGUGUGGACAGUAAUGACCUCACGCUCCCGGUUGCCAGCUGGCAGUAACCACAAUGUCCGAGCAUCGGAGCUGGCACAAGACAGGCAGCACACAGAGGUGGUCUGUAAUGUUCUUCUGCUGGAUAACACAAUUCAAGCCUUCAAAGUUAACAAGCACGAUCAAGGACAGGUCCUGCUGGAUGUAGUGUUCAAACACCUGGAGCUGACGGAGAGAGACUACUUCGGCCUAGAGCUGGCCGACGACUCCUCAGACAGUCAGAGGUGGCUGGAUCCAACCAAACCGAUUAGAAAGCAAUUAAAAAGGGGGUCUGCACACAGUUUGAACUUUAGGGUUAAAUUCUUUGUAACCGACCCCAAUAAACUUCAGGAGGAGUAUACACGGUACCAGUACUUUUUGCAGAUUAAACAGGACAUACUUAGUGGAAGGCUGCCGUGUCCAUACACCACAGCCGCUCUUCUUGCUUCAUACGCUGUUCAAUCUGAGCUAGGGGACUACAGUCACGACGAGAACUUGCCCGGCUACCUCUCCGAAUACUCUUUCAUCCCCAAUGCACCACAAGACUUUGAGAACGAGAUUGCCAAACAGCAUCAGCAACGCAAGGGACUGUCUCCUGCCCAGUCAGAGUUCAACUAUCUAAACACAGCACGGACACUAGAGCUCUAUGGAGUCCAAUUGCACUAUGCAAGGGAUCAAAGCAACACUGAGAUUUUAAUCGGAGUGAUGUCAACUGGGAUUGUCAUCUAUAAGAACAGGGUACGAAUCAACUGCUUUCCAUGGCUACAGAUUGUAAAGAUCUCGUUUAAAUGUAGACAAUUUUUUAUUCAACUCAGAAGAGAAUUGAAUGAGAGCCGCGAGGCGCUGUUAACCUUUAACAUGGUGAACUACCGAGCCUGUAAGAACCUAUGGAAGGCCUGUGUAGAGUACCACACCUUCUUCAGACUGGACCGACCCUUACCACCACAGAAGAACUUCUUUGCACAUGUCUUCCAACUGGGCUCCAAGUACCGCUACUGUGGGAGGACAGAGGUGCAGUCUGUCCAGUACGGCAAGGAGAAGGGCAUCAAGGACAGGGUGUUCGCCAGGUCUCCCAGUAAGCCCUUGGUGCGGAGGCUGAUGGGUGGAGGGAUGGACUGGGAGUCAGUCAGCCGGACCUCCAGAGCCUCUCUGUCUGACGACCGUCUGGAGACCCAGAGCCUGCCCACACGCUCCCCACCAGGCACCCCCAACCACAGGAACUCCAAGUUUGCACAAGAGCACCUGCGGCCGUCCUCCGUGGGACACCUGCUGGACCAUGUGAUCUACCACGACCAUGCCUCGCCCUGCCAAACCUUCACCAAUCACAAGUCAGCCUCCUCAACCCAGGCCAACUCCAUCAGCCUAGAUUCUACCCCGUCACCAGACUCGACCAUCGACGGCCAGCCGCCCGCUCUGCCCCCUAAGCAGACCAGGAGGCCUCUGUCCAGCCAGUCCCAGUCCCACUCUCAGCAGGAGUUGGACAACCACAUCAAUGAGCUGUAUGACACACCUCUGUCAGAAGACAAGACUAUGCCCAAUGGAGUGGUUCCUCAUGACAAUCUGGUGUUAAUUAAAAUGUGCCCCGAUGAACAAGGACGAUUUGGAUUCAAUGUGAAGGGUGGGCUGGACCAGAAGAUGCCUGUGAUCGUGUCCCGAGUGGCCCCAGGAACAGCGGCUGACCUGUGUGUUCCCCGGCUGAACGAGGGGGACCAGGUGGUUCUGAUCAACGGUCAGGACAUCUCGGAGCACACCCACGACCAGGUGGUCAUGUUCAUCAAGGCCAGCUGUGAGGAGAGCGACUCAGGAGAGCUGAACCUGCUGGUCAGACCCAACGCCAUGUAUGACCUGGUGGAGGAGGAGAAGCUGGAGGAUGGAGAUACAGAGUCUAACUACCAGUACUCCCCAGAGAGGGCUCCCCAGGACCAGCCCCAGCCAGACCACCACCCAUCCUGCUGGAGAGACUCCAUACUACAGCUGAAAGAAGGCUUGAGCACUGGGGCCGUACAGCAACAGUUUGAUCAACUCUACCGGAAAAGGCCUGGAUUGACAAUGUCAUGUGCGAAAUUACCUCAGAACAUUUCCAAAAAUCGAUAUCGAGACAUUUCACCAUAUGAUGCAACCAGGGUUAUUCUGAAGGGCGAGGAUGGGGACUAUAUCAAUGCAAAUUACAUCAAUAUGGUGAUCCCAGCGUCCAGUGCUGUAAACCGCUACAUCGCGUGCCAGGGCCCUCUGCCAGCCACCUGCUCUGACUUCUGGAGGAUGACUUGGGAACAGGGCUCCAACAUGGUGGUCAUGCUCACCACGCAGGUGGAGAGAGGACGGGUGAAGUGUCAUCAGUAUUGGCCCAACCCUGGUGCCAUCGCUACCCAUGGGGACUUCCAGGUGUCCUGUGUGACAGAAGAAGGGAAAUCAGCAUUUCUGGUCAGAGAGAUAACUCUCACACACCUGGAGAGUGAGGAGAGCAGGCCGCUGACUCAGAUCCAGUACAUGGCCUGGCCUGACCACGGUGUCCCAGACGACUACACUGACUUCCUGGACUUUGUCAGUCUGGUCCGAGGCAAGAGGGAGGGCAAGGAGGAGCCGGUGAUAGUACACUGCAGCGCUGGGAUUGGUCGGACGGGGGUGCUCAUCACCAUGGAAACAGCCAUGUGUUUGAUUGAGUGGAAUCAGCCCGUGUAUCCGUUGGAUAUCGUGAGGACAAUGAGAGACCAGAGGGCCAUGAUGAUCCAGACCCCGAGCCAGUACAGGUUUGUCUGUGAGGCGAUCCUCAAGGUGUAUGAGGAGGAACUGGUCAAACCCCUGACGCCCACAAAGCCCCUGACAUCCAUAGAGUCUCUGACGCCCACAAAGCCCCUGACAUCCAUAGAGUCUCUGACACCUACAAAGCCCCUGACAUCCAUAGAGUCUCUGACACCUACAAAGCCCCUGACAUCCAUAGAGUCUCUGACACCUACAAAGCCCCUGACAUCCAUAGAGUCUCUGACACCUACAAAGCCCUUGACACCCAUAGAGUCUCUGACACCCACAAAGCCAGAGGUAGAGACAGACAGAGUCGGCUUUAGCCCUGCUGGGACUGACUGACUGAUUGACUGACUGACACAGGGCUGCAUUUGCCUAAGCACCACCCUCUUCUUCCACAGCCUGUCUGUCUAUCUGUCUGUCUGGAGCCUGUCUGUCUGACUCCCUCAGUCUCAGUCACAAUAGUCUCUUCCCACAUCCGCCACCUUGAGUCUGGCAAGAGAGACUACAGUCACAACCAUGGAGACGACUACCGACAACCACUCGAACUGGCCUGUGAGGGGAAACAAAGCACUGUUGCACUUUAUGACGACAAAACGUGAUACUUUGGAGAAUUAUUUGAAGAAGGUUCAAUGAUCAACUGGAAUUGGGGAUAUUAGCAAGGGUCCAGGAUCAAGAAAGAAGUGAGAAACAGAACAGUAGAUGGAUUGGAUAAUAUUGCUAAUAGUGUCAUUACUUUGACAAACUUUAAUAAUGAACAUGGCAACUCAAAGGAAAGUGGACUGACGUUUGUUUUCAACCCAUCAGUGCAUCAUCACAAUGUUGUCAUAUCAGUGGCUUCUUUACAGACUAGUCUUUCUGUCUUUCAUUACUCCAUAGACUUAAUAAGAGAGUCAAUUUCUUUUCAAUCAAAACUAUUCGUCAUUAAACUCCAUUCUAUGUAAGGUCCUAGUAAAGCGCUCUGACUUCUACACUAUGCUACUACUCAUCUUAUCAUCUCCUGCUUUCUCUCAUUGAGGCUAUAGGUUGUCUGAUUGUUUCAAUCAGAUGGGUACUUUUGGGCUUUUUAUAUGUAUUUGUCUACAGAUUAGAGUCAUCUCCAGUGCAAGUUCUUACAACUCAAAGUCCUUUGAAGGUGUUCCAAACCAGGGUAAGGGCAGGGUAGGUUAGGAGCAGUGGAGGCUGCUGAGGGGAGGACGGCUCAUAAUAAUGGCUGGAAUGGAGUCAUUGGAAUGGUACCAACAACAUGGAAACCACGUCUUUGAUGUGUUUGAUACCAUUCCAUUGACUCCAUUCCAGCCAUUAUUAUGAGCCGUCCUCCCCUCAGCAGCCUCCACUGCCUCCCUCCUUCUUUACCAUCAUCUCAUUAGCUGAUGACCUGUCAUUGAGCUCGGCACUUGGUGGCGGUGUUGUUGUUAUUUUUGAGGCAGCUAUUCAACUUUGAUUCAGAUGGUACAUCAGUCUCUCGAAGAUGCUAAACCACUAUCCCAAAAAGGGUAGUAUUUUUAUGCAGGUUUUGUUAUCGCUAGUCACAUAAAAUGACCUUGUCAUGCAGGAUUUUGUUGGUACAGUACAUAGUGGUUGAUCAAGUGUCAUUGCACCAGAUUUUGAAAUUGAAUAUGAGGUAUUCAGAUCUCUCUGAAUAAGAGCAUCUGGGUUUUUGGCAAAUGGUGCAUAAACAGUACCAUGGUACUGUACAUUAGGAUUUUAGGCAGUUGGUAUACGGUACAUACUAAAAUAAUACCUUGAUACGGUACAUACAUUACAUAAAAAGACUGAGCUUUCAGGACCAAUAGGUUUUUAGCCUUGUGAGUAAAACAAAAUGUUUUCAAAUUAACCAAGUGUUGAAAAGCUAUAAGGCUCAAGCUAUAGAUUUGCUUAAGAUAUUUUUAUAAGAGACCCUUUUUGCUUCUUGGGAAUGGACAGCACUUUUCAGCUGAACAUGUAGCCUAUUCGCUGCUAUGUAUGAUUCGACCCCCUAUAGACACCACUAUGGGAAAUUUAAGCUAUAUGGUGUCAUCUAGAUUUGUGUAAUUUAACUAGUGUACAUUUACUAUGUCGUAAAUUAAGGUUUAAUGAAAUUUAAAUAAGUUAUUUUUAUAAGAGCAGAAAAGUUCAAGAAAACGUUUCCCCUUGUGUAAAGUCCUGCUGGAAUUUGAAAUUAUUGUUAUGGGAAAGCAUUGCAAUAGAUAUAUGCUGUAUAAAAGUGCUCUCCAUAAGUCCAGUGGCAAUGCAAAUAAUUGGGACGAGCAACAUGAAGCUCUGUACACUGACAAAUAGAUUAAUUAAUCACCAUCAAUACUGUUCUUUUUUUACAAUUGAAACCCACAUAGUGAUUUUAUUCCCAUGAUUUCAGGUUGAAUCAAUAGAUGUGAUUGUUCUUUUGAAAUCAGAAAGCUGGCUUGGUUGGCUUGGUCAAACUUGAUUUUGCUGAGACUUCUGCUGUGGGUUUAUGCAGUACUAUGCUGACAAUGUUUACAAUGUUUCAUGAGUUAGUUUUGUGAUUUUAAAGGAUGUGUAUCUACUGAAAGUCGGUGUGUUUACAAAAGCUGUUAUGCAAUGGGGAACUUUGGUCCAAUCAGAUCACUCACUGCUGUGUCCCAAAUGGCACCCUAUUCCUUAUAUAGUGCACUACCUUUGACCAGGCUCUGGCCAAAAGUAGUGCACUAAAUAGGGAGCGAUUUGGGACUUAGACAGUAUAUAACUUCACCAUGAAAUAGACUGAAAACGCUGGAAUUUUUAUUUUAUUUUACCAGGUUAUCCCUUUAAGGUCAAACACCUAUUUUUCAAGGGAGACCUGGAUUGUGUGUUUUUUGUUUUUAUUGCACAGUGCAUUUCUACCUUAUCAUCAUCAUCACUUAGUAAUAGUAUCAGACAUUCUCCACAACUGUGAUGUAAAUAUAUGCUUCAUCUGUGAACUAGUAAAAUAUGUUUAAAGUUCAAUCAGAUGAUGUACAAAUGUAAAGUUUGUUGAUGUGAAGCUGUACAGAAAUUGAAUGUAUCGAUCUCAAUCUUUUAGUUGUUCGAAAAACUUAAGGGAUGUACCAUUUGACUUUUGAGGGGAAAUAUUUUUCAUACUACUGUACUUGUAAAUGCAGGUAAAUAUCAGAUUCUCAAUUGUCUCAAUGGGCUCUGCCUGGUCUGUGACAUGCUGUGUUUGUUGUAAAUAGGAGCAAUAUCAUGUCAUUAAAGUGCCAAUGUUCUGUAAGUAAAGUCUAAUUUCUGCUGAAA